CCUCAGGGAGGGAGGCGGUGCUGCUGCCGCUGCUACUGCUGCUCUCGCGCGUUUGAGCCGCCGCGGGAACUCGCGAGGGGCGGGGCCCCGCCCACCCCUUAUAAAUAGGGCCGAAGCGUCGCGGAGCCAGGGCUGGUUGGAAUGUGGGGUUGGUGUUCUCCGUUCCAUUACCGCCGGGACGGGAGACCCUGCGCGCGGGUGGGUGGGCGUGGGGACCCCGCCAGCGGCAGCCGCCGAGCCAGGGCCCCCGGCCGCACCCUGGUUCCGCUAAGGUCCCGGCCGGAGCGGAGGGCGCCCGCUCGCCGCGGGAAACAGCGCUGCCGCUCAGUGUCCCUGGCCCCCGAUGCAAAGAGUUUACUUUUGGAAAGCCUCGCUGCCGGCUCCGAUUAGGUAGCCGGGUUUUAAGCCUCUAAGGGAGAGUCCCUGCGCCGGUCGAGUGUGUGAGGGCACGACCCCCGGGCUGCGCUGCACCUGCAGCUCCCGGGCCCCGCGUGCGCCACCGCGCCUGCCCCGCAGGAAGGGAACCCCGGAGGGCUCGGCUUUUGUCGCCCUGUACCCGAGAGCCAGUCCUGCGUGUGACCCUUAAACUUGCCUAAGUGCCUCCAGUGCCAGGCUCGCUCGCUCGCUCGCCCCUGGACCGGCGUCACCUCCCGACCUGGCUUCGUUCUGUGUGCUUUUAAUUUUGUGAGGCUUACACUCCCUUUCUCUUGGUUGGCUUGGCUCGCAUCACUGGGCACGUGUUGAACCCACCACCUCUUUCCAAGGGUGCUGGAACGCUCUCCUGUUGUGAAGGUUAAUUUAGUUGUAAGUGGAUAAUCGUUUCUUCCACGAAACCAGGCAUACGUAAAGCGCAAUGUGUUGCGCUGUAGGUAAGUGAGACCUGCCUUCUGAAACACCCACACUAAGAGCAGAAUAUGUCCAAACUCUAGGAGGUAAUUGAUCCGAUAAGCAUGCCUCGUAAGAAUGCCGGUGGUAGUCAAAUGUUGAGUAUUUCUAAAGCUGACUCGCUUUCUUAGACUUUGAAAUCCGUAUGCAUGGUACAACACAGCACAGUUUGCAAAACUGUCCGGCCUCAGAGAGGACGCUGGAUAAUCCUCUGCGGAGAAGACAUAGCAACUUUAUUUUCUUUCAAAGACACUAUAAGAAAAGGGUGUAAAAUAUCUCAUUAAUAACUUUUACGUUGACUGUGCGUUGAAAUGGCAAUAUUUUAGAUAUACUCAGUUACAUAAAAUGUUAUUUCAAUUAAUUUCACUUAUUUUUAAUCUCAAUUUUGAUUUUUGAUGGUUAUUUUCGAGAGACAGAACACAAGCAGAGAAGGAGCAGAGAGAGAGGGAGACACAGAAUCCGAAACAGGCUCCAGGCUCCGAGCUGUCGGCACAGAGCCCGACACAGGGCUCGAACCCACAAACCGUGAGAUCAUGACCUGAGCAGAAGUCAGACGCUUUACCGACUGAGCCACCCAGGAGUGGCCGUCUCUUACUGUGCUCCCGAACCCACUGGCUGGAGCCUUGACUACACCCUGCCAGCGUCCGGCAUUUGGACGGCAAAGGUACAGGUGCAUAGGAGCAUCUCUGUGGAGCAGGCGCUGGUCCAGGAGCUGGAUUGGGUGGCAGACAGGACGGACAGCACUGCCGGGCAGAGCUCGUGUUCCAUAGGAGGGCAAGCCCAACAAAACAUGCAGACCAAUAAGUCUUUGGUGCCUGAACUUUGAGUUUUGGAUCAAGUCACGUGGCUCGAGAGCAGGCAGGCCAACUUGGCGCUGGCUUGGGGGGCUACUGCGCCCAGCUCCGUCCUGCCCCGCAGCCCACAGAGAAGGGAGCCGGCAGCCGGCACCGCACCUGGCCACGGAGGGGACACCGGAUCCCAGCGCACCGUGAGGAGUGCCCGUGGGAAGGAGCUGGAGGGUCCCUUGGUGAGCACUUUAUCCUCCUAGGGAUUGUGGGGGGCCGUUCACGGACGUGGGUUCUCCAUCCACUAUUCCCCGUUUUCCUUAGUGUACAAGGGUUGAUUGGCUCUGGUUUUCCAGCAUUUUUACUACACAGACCUCUUCAAGGGGCAUUCGAGCCCCGCCGGCCCAGCUGGUCAUUCCAAGGAAAAGGGCCAAAUCGCAGGAAUUCAGGGGUCUGAGAGGACGUCACCACAGCGCUGAGUGCAACGGAGGACAGAUGGAAAUGACCUACGUUCCCGAGCACGCGGUCAUGGCGACCCUUCACCGCACAGACUCGACGCUCACAGCCCUGGAUGAGGAGACGCUGUGGGACAUGAUGGAGAGCCACCGCCACAAGAUCGUAAGCAGCAUCUGCCCCAGCCGCCUCACGCCCUACCUGCGCCAGGCGAAGGUGCUGGACCAGCUGGAUGAGGAGGAGGUGCUCCACAGCCCCAGGUUCACCAACACGGUCAUGAGAGUCGGGCACUUGCUGGAUUUGCUGAGGACUCGAGGGAAGAAUGGAGCCAUUGCCUUCCUGGAGAGCCUCAAGUUCCACAACCCUGACGUGUACACCCUGGUCACCGGGCUGCAGCCCAAAGGGGACUUCAGCAACUUCAGUGGGCUCAUGGACACGUCCAAGCUGACCGAGUGCCUGGCCGGGGCCAUCGGCAGCCUGCAGGAGGAGCUGGGCCAGGAGAAGGGGCACAAGGAGGCCCUGCGGCGGCGCUGUCGGCAGCUGCAGGAGCGCCUGGGCCGGGCGGAGGCCCGCGUGCGGAGCCUGGGCCAGCUGGAGACCGACCAUGACCGCGUGACGCGCGAGGUGCUGAAGCUGAAGGACGAGAUGCUCAGCCUGUCGUUGCACCACAGCAACGCGCUGCAGGAGAAGGAGCUGGCGGUCACCCGGUGCCGCGGGCUGCAGGAGGAGCUGUACCUGCUGAAGCGAGAGGUCGAGCGCGAGAAGAUGUCUUCUUCCCACGAGCGGGACUGUCGAGAGCGUUCCCCGCAGAUGGCCGACGGCCGGGGGCCCGGGGACAAGGAGCUGACCCGCCUGAAGGAGGAGAACGAGAAGCUCCGGUCGCUGACGUUCAGCCUGGCGGAGAAGGACAUCCUGGAACAGAACCUGGGCGAGGCCCUGGAGGGCACACAGACGCUGGUGGAGCGCAUCCACUCCCUGAGGCAGCGGGCCGUGGCCGCCGAGAGGCAGCGGAAGCAGUACUGGGAGGAGAAGGAGCAGACCUUGCUGCAGUUCCAGAGGACUAAGGUCGACUGUGACAUCUACAAGGAGAAGAUCAGCGCCCUCCAGGGCCAGUUGCUGGAGCUGCAGCGAGAGCGAGACCAGGCCUUCUCCGCCAGAGACGCGGCCCGGAUGGAGAUUUCUCAGAGCCUGACAGAGAAGGACGCCCUCCGCAGGAAAGUGUUUGAACUGACAGACCAGGUCUGGGAGCUGCGCCGUCAGCUUCAAGGGCCGCAGGCCGAGGCCCUGCGAGGGCCUGAGCAGGAAGCCGGAGCCCGGGAGCCGUGUCCAAAGGGGAAGCAGCGGCUCGUGCGCAUGUUGGCCAUCUGUCCGCGGGAUGACAGUGACCGCAGCUUCACCGAGUCUCAGCUCUGCUCUGACCUGAGCACCACAUCCAGCCGUGAGCUGGUGGACAGCUUCCGGUCCAGCAGCCCCAUGCCUCCCAGUCAGCAGUCCCUGUACAAGCGGGCCGCAGAGGACUUCUGGGAAGACCCCUGGUCUUUCAGCAGCUUCCCAGAAACCCUGCAGGUGGACCGGGGACCCUCCCCGGGGGCUAAGGCAGAUGCUACGGACCUGGAUUAUGAGAUUGUAGACCCGGCAGAACUUGCCAACUGUGACAGCCUGCAGCCAUCCUCCGGGGGCCUCUCCGUCUCAGCCAGCAGCGUCCCGGUGCGGAGGAGGCCGGCCCGCAAGAUCCUGAGCCAGGUCACCGUGCUGGCCUUCCAGGGGGACGAGCUGCUGGAGCAGAUAAGUGUCAUUGGCGGCAACCUCACGGGCAUCUUCAUUCACCGGGUCACCCCAGGCUCCGCGGCGGACGAGAUGGCCUUGCGCCCGGGCACCCAGAUCAUGAUGGUGGAUUACGAGGCAACGGAGUCCUCGUUCAAGGCCACCCUGGAGGACACAACCCUGGAGCAGGCCGUCGGACUUCUCCGGAGGGUGAACGGCUUCUGUUGCCUGUCUGUGAAGGUCAACAUGGAGGGUUAUAAGAAGUUGGUCCAGGACCUGGAGGCCAAAGUGGCUACCUCGGGGGACUCCUUCUACAUCCGGGUCAACCUGGCCCUGGAGGCGAGGGCGGUGGGGGAGCUGCAGGUGCGAUGCAACGACAUCCUGCAUGUCACCGACACCAUGUUCCGGGGCCGCGGCUGCUGGCACGCCCACCGCGUGGGCCCCUAUAGCACGAAGGGCACCGAGAGGGGCAGCAUCCCCAACUAUGCACGGGCUCAGCAGCUGCUCAUUGCUCUGAUCCAGCGGAGCACCAUCGCCCGCAAGCAGUCUUCCGGGGGACCCCAGAAGCUGGUCCGCAUCGUCGGCGUGGACAGAACCAAGGCCAGCCCUGUGUGCUCAUCCUUUGAGGGGGCCCUGUCAGAGCGCAGCAGGCCGGAAGAGCCCCCCACCGCGUGCUUCUGGGCCGAGACCUGCUUCACCCUGGUGCCCUACAGCCUGGUGCGUCCCCACAGGCCCAGCCGGCCCCGGCCCGUGCUCUUCGUGCCCAGGGUGGUCGGCAGGAUCCUGAGCGAGAAGCUGUGUCUCCUCCAGGGGUUUAAGAAGUGCCCAGCAGAAUACUUGAGCCAGGAGGAAUGCGAUGCCUCCAGCCAGAGGGGGGACAUCAUCCAGGAGAAAGAGGCAUCCGGUGGCCGCUACUGGGUGACCCGCAGGGCCAUUGAGUCCCUCAUGGAGAAGAACACCCACGCCCUCCUGGACGUCCGGCUGGACAGCGUCCGUGCCCUCCACAGGUCGGAGAUCUUCCCCAUCAUCGUCCACAUCUCCGUCAACGAGAAGGCGGCCAAGAAACUCAAGAAGGCCCUGCAGCGGCUCAACACCUCGGAGCGGCAGCUCCUGGAGGCGGGCAGGCAGGAGGAGGGCGAGCUGGACGAAGUGCCCUGUCUGUACAGCCACCUGGCCCCCGAUGGCUGGAGUGACCUGGAAACCCUGCUCGGCUGUGUCCGCUUGGCCAUCGCGGACGAGCAGAAGAAGGUUGUGUGGACAGAGAAGAGCCCCCGCUGAUGCCCCCGGAGUCUCCUCCAGAAAUUGUGGGGACCUCUGAGUCCCCACAGGAGUCCCCGACAACGUGGCCCUGUGCGUUGAGCUCAGGGCCUCUCAGGCACAGCCCUGGGGGUGCUCACCAAACAAGCCCAGCUCUCCGGGCAUCGGCUCCCCUCUCUCGCCAGGGUCUGACCUUGAACUACAUGCAGGGGACAAUGGGCAUUCGGACCAUCUCCUCCUCCUCCAAGGCUCCGCGUGGUCUGGAACCAGACGCCCCGAGAACAUUUCCGCAGCGGGGGCGUCUCCCGAGCCUUCCCAGAGCUGGAGGCCCCAGAUGUCCAGAAAACCACCUGUCGGACCCGAAUCACUGUACUUCCCUUUGUGCCAAAUUCAAUGUGCCAAAGGGCUUAUUCCAAAGCCACGGUGGCCGCAAGCUGGUAGCCCUGAUGACCCCCACGGUCACUCCCAUCCCUGCCCAGAGCAGAGACACAACCCCUCUUGUAAUGUCAUCCUGGCUAACUUUCUCAGCUCCUGAUGGCAGACAGGUGCCUCAGUAACUCCAAUUUAGAGAGUUGUGUGUAUGUGCUGGGAAGCCUAGUUUCCCAGGGAUGGAAACAGUAUUUUCAGCGGUGCCUGGCAGUUUUGGGGGACCCGUGGGGGGUCCUCGAGAAGCCUUCCACAGACACAUUGCACAAAUGCCAUCUGGGCUCCCCCUGAGCCUGGGAACUGCCCCCCUCUAACUGGGUACCCCCCCCCCCCCGCCCCCGCC